CCUUUAAAUUUAAUGUUCUGUUAAUUUAAAAAUAAAUAUGUAUAUCACAGACAGUACAGGAGUUGUUUUGACUGGGAGGAAAUAAGUCACAGUUUUCUAAAAAGGAAAGUAAGAAAAACAGAUUCCCCUGUAGAUCCACUGACUGCUGCACCUGCCUCUGCUGUGAAGGAGGGGCAUCUGAACUGGAAAGACGCGUUGGAGCUUCAACAACACAACUAAAGCGCUGCCAGUACCUGCAGAGUCCAGCUGAGUACAAAAGACUGAGCGCUCGUCUAUUUUCCAGAAAUUAUCAAGAGUUCAACAAGUCAGCUGAGAGUCGUACAGACUGCAGACAUGUCAGCUCCACAAGUCGAGGAUCAGUUUUUGUGCUCCAUCUGUCUGGACGUCUUCUCUGAUCCAGUUUCGACACCAUGCGGACACAACUUCUGCAAAAACUGCAUCACUCAGCAUUGGGACGUCAACAUUCCCUGUGAGUGUCCUCUGUGCAAAGAGACUUACCUCACCAGACCUCAGCUGAAGGUCAACACGUUGCUCUCUCAGAUGGUUUCUCAGUUUUGGUUAGAAGUUCAACAAAAAGCGAACAGAAGCUCAGAACAACAAGUCAGAAAAUCCGGAGAAGUUCCCUGCGACAUCUGCACUGGAACUAGACUGAAGGCUCUCAAAUCCUGCCUGGUGUGUCUGGUUUCUUACUGUGAGACUCACCUGGAGCCUCAUCGGACAGUUUCACGUCUUCAAAAGCAUCAGCUGAUAGAACCCAGUGAGAACCUGGAGGACAGGAUCUGCACAAACCACGAGAAACCUCUGGAACUGUUCUGCAAAACAGACCAGACUUACCUCUGCACGUUGUGCGCCGUUCUGGACCACAAGCCUCAUGAGAUCGUUCCUCUGAAAGAAGAAUUUGAAACAAAGAAGGCUGAACUGGUGAAAACUGAAGCCGAAACUCAGAGAAUGUUGCAGACUCGAGAAAUGAAGCUUCAGGAGAUCAAGGAAGCACAAAAACUCAAUGAUGAGACUGCAGACCAAGAGACAGCACUUGGUGUGGAGAUCUUUACUGCCCUAAAGGAGUCCGUGGAGAAAACCCUGAGUGACCUCGUGAAAGAGAUCAAAGACAAACAGAACGCUACAAAGGAAAAGGCCGAAGACCUCGUCAAAGGACUGGAACUGGAAAUCUCUGAUCUUAAGAAGAAGAGCUCUGUGAUGAAGCCGCUUUUAGAAUCUGAAGAUCGCCUCGACUUUCUUCAAAAGUUCUCGGCUCUGAAAGCGAGUCCACCGACCAAGGACUGGUCGGUGGUACCGUCAUAUGAGGGGGCCGCGCUGAGAGCUGUGACUCAACUGCAGAAGACAAUCAUGGAAAUGAUAGAGAAAUUUUUGACUGAAGCCAAGCUGAAGGAAGCCAAGAAGUUCGCAGUAGACGUGACUCUUGACCCUCAAACUGCCAAUGCGUUCCUUGUCCUGUCUAGUGAUAGAAAACGAGUUCACUCUGUGCAAAAAAAAGUGGAUGCCCCAGAUGAUCCAAAGAGAUUUUCCCACAUCUUUGCCGUUUUGGGAGAGCAGAGUUUCUCCAGUGGUAAAUUUUACUUUGAGGUUGAGGUGAAAGGAAAGCAAUUCUGGGGGUUGGGAGUAGCCGAGGAGUCCGCUGAAAGAAUUGGAAGGAUCUCGCUGAACCCUGAUAAUGAUUUCUGGACGAUUUGUUUGAGAAAUGGAAAAAAACUCAAAGCUAAUGAAAGCCAUCCCGUUGAUCUGAACCAGUCUGUGCCUGAGAAGGUGGGUGUGUUUGUGGAUUUCGAUGAGGGCUCAGUCGCAUUUUACGAUGUUGAUACUCCAGCUCCUAUCUACACUUUUACGAACAACUACUUCUUUAAACUACGGCCAUUCCUUAGUCCAUUUCCAAUUUACGGUUUUUUAAACCACGAACCUCUAAUCAUCUGCCCUGUCAAUCAAACUGCUUAGCAUCAGUUUACAUGAAGAACCCCACGCGUGUCCACACAAGACAUAUAUCUCUCAAAAUCUCCAUGAAUAUUGAUGAUAAGAAACCAAAAACAUGAAAAAUCUUUAAUCAUGUAGCUUUACCUCCAACGUUUACAUUGGAGAAAUUGUCUGUGGAAUUAACGAAAAACCAACUGUUUCUGCAACAACUGAUUCAGAUCGGCACAAAGCUUUUUUCUCUACACGUUAUAAUUCACUGGAGUUCUACUAAAUGCUUAAAUGGUCAAAGAACGUGUGGUCUUUUCAACCGCCGGUGAUAGCACCAGAAUUUAAGACUUACAAAAUCAAAAUGCGAUAAUGCUAAGACUACGCAAAACUUGUAAGUUUGUCAUGUCUUUUGUCUUCCGAAGUUUGGACAGAGUAAUUUUUCUGUGAAACAUAAACUUCCGAUCUGAAAAUGGGUGAUGGGGACUUGAAUCUGCUACUUCACAGUUUAGAGAAAUAAAGAUUAGAGUAGAGACUUCGUUGAGAGGUACUCCUCUUGGAGGAAUUGGGAGUAAAGAUGCUCCUCUGAAUCAGGAGGAGUUGUAAAAAGUCUUAGUCACAUGCACCCAAACGGGGGUUUUACUCGUACUGCAGGUGGUUUGGUUGCCUGGAAGACUAUAGACAGGUAUGGCCAUAUUUUAAAGGGAGUACAACCACCUCAUGGGACAUCAUGAAAAUGGAACAUAUCAUUAUUGUGCUUCUGGUAAGUGUAUCGUGUAGUACUCAUAAGGGUAAUGUUCUGUAAGUUGCACGAGGAGCAUGAGGUGAGGCGUACGCUGAAGGCUGUGAAUCCAAGGAAGGCUGCUGGACCUGAUGGCUUCACUGGACGGGUGCUAAAGGACUGGUGGGGGUCUUCACCAGGAUAUUCAACCAAUCCUUACUGCAAUCUACUGUUCCACCAUGUCUAAAGUCCUCAGUCAUUAUUCCUCUACCCAAGAAAUCCACAAUCAGCAGCCUGAAUGACUAUCGACCAGUUGCACUCACUCCGGUCAUCAUGAAGUGCUUUGAAAAACUGAUACGCAGUCACAUUGUCUCCCGCCUCCCACCAGCAUUGGACAGUCAUCAGUUAGCAUACAGGGCAAACAGAUCCACAGAGGACGCCAUCACCACCACCCUCCACUUCUCUGUCACACCUGGAGCAGUCAGGGAGCUAUGCGAGGCUGCUCUUUGUGGACUUCAGCUUCGCUUUUAACACCAUCCUCCCGCACAGACUGGUGUCCAAACAGGAGGCCCUGGGACUCUCAGAUUCAAUCUGCCUCUGGAUCCUGGACUUCCUGACAGGCCGCUCUCAAAGGGUGAGAGUAGGACCCCACAUGUCGACAGCCCUCACCCUCAACACCGCCCCCCGCUCUACACCCUCUACACCCUCUACACCCACGACUGCACCUCCACCCACACAAGCAACACAAUCAUCAAGUUUGCUGAUGAUACCACAGUGGUGGGGCUCAUCUCUGGGGGGGAUGAGAGCGCUUAUCGGGACGAAGUGGAGCGACUCUGCGUCUGGUGCGGGGACAACAACUUGUUCUUGAACAUCAAUAAGACUAAGUAACUGGUGGUGGAUUACUGGCGGAAGAAAACUGUCAUUCAGCCCCUGUACAUCGGCGGGGACAUGGUGGAGAUGGUGGAUGCCUUCAAGUUCCUGGGCAUCACCAUCCAGCAGGACCUCACCUGAAGCGCUAACACCACUGCUCUGGUAGAGAAGGCCCAGCAGAGAUUGUACUUUCUCAGACUUUUGUAGAAGAACAACCUUGACGAGGAACUGCUGGUGUCCUUCUACUGCUGCUCCAUUGAGAGCAUUCUGACUUAUUGUGUUUGUGCCUGGUGCAGACAGAGGGUCAUCUCCACAGCCCAGAAGAUCAUAGGCCGCCCUCUCCCAUCUCUGGAAGAACUGUACAGCUCCCGCUGCCUCAGGAAAGCUGAAAACAUUUUAUUGGAUCCAUCCCACCCCGGACAUUCUCUGUUUACACUUCUGCCUUAUGAAAUCAAGGACAAAUCGAUUAAAAAACAGUUUUUAUGCCAGAGCCAUCACAUUUGAAAUGGUGGUAGGAAUUGAGUACAUAUUCCACGACUUUGCUCUCUGAAAUACCGUGUAUAAUAUACGCCAAACACGGUUUUUGCGUGCAUAUGAUACGCAAUGAUUGAGAAUAGGUUGCGCCGGCGUACAAUAUA